AUGACAGCAGAAAAUACAUACUAUACCUUAGGAAAAGAAUGUACCAUCUGGUCAACCUACAUUUUGGAAGGAUACACAGGCUAUAUGGUAUACCCCUUAACGCUGUUACUGAUUCUGAUAAUAUUAUAUUAUCCCUAUAUUUUUGCAUUGUCCAUGCUCUAUCUCAGUAGUGCAAUAUUCUUUGUGUGGAAAAAAGUUGGCAAUCUCCCAGAAGAUACCAAUAGCAAAAAAUGGGACAAGCCAAAGCAAGUUCAGGCAUUAGUGGCAGAUUUUAUUGGAAAGAUCCUGCACGGUUUUGAGAUUUCUGGACUAGAAAAUCUACCGGAAGGACCAGCGAUCUUUAUUUAUUACCAUGGAGCCAUACCAAUAGACUAUUAUUUUUUUAUGCAAAGGAUUUAUAGACUCACAGGGAGAUUCUUGUAUUCUGUGAUAGAUCAUACUGUUUUUCGUCUACCAGGACUAAAACUAUGCCUUUCCAUCCUUCGCUGUGAUCUUCCUACAAGAGAAAAUUGUUUAAAAAUUCUAAAACAAGGGCACCUGCUGGGAAUUGCACCAGGAGGAGUACGAGAACAAAACUAUGGAGAUAAUUAUUACAAAAUAAUAUGGAAAAAACGUAAAGGAUUUGCUCAAAUAGCUAUAGAGGCAAAAGUGCCAAUCAUCCCUGUGUUUACACAAAAUAUUAGAGAAGGAUAUAUAAUGUAUGGAAACAUAAGACCAAUGAGAUGGUUUUAUGAGCGAAAUCGAUGGUUCAUCUUUCCAUUAUAUGGAAUGUUUCCAGUUAAACUUAUAACCCAUAUUGGAAAACCAAUUCCAUAUGAUCCAAAUAUAACUCCUGAAAAACUAGUUGAAAAAACUCAAAGGGCAAUAGAGGCUUUACAGGACAAACACCAGAGAAUCCCUGGAAAUAUAUUGCAAGCUCUUAGGCAACGCUUUGAGACAUGUAGCAAAGAUAAACAGUGA